CAGUGGUGAUACAUUUUUCGACAUUCAUUAUUGUUAAAGUAUUUGGGUAUUGCGUUUGUGCGACGACCGCAAAGAAAUAUAAAUAAAGAAAAUUUAAAUAGUUUUUUGAUUAACAGCCGGGCCAGUUAGUGCCAGUGAAAACAACGAAUUCCAGCAAAUAUGGCGUUAAAAGUUUUGGUCGGCCAGAAGAUCAUGAACGAGGUGGUGAAGUACAAGCCGCCGCCACCGAAGAAAGCGGGCGCUGCAGCUGCUCCAAAGGCAGCCGGCGCAGGUGGCAUCGAGUGGCGUGUGCUUGUGGUGGAUAAGCUGGGCAUGCGCAUGGUCUCCGCCUGCACCAAGAUGCACGAGAUUAGCGCCGAGGGCAUAACAUUGGUGGAGGAUAUCCACAAGAAGCGCGAGCCGCUGCCCACAAUGGAUGCCAUCUACUUGAUAACACCAUCGGAUGAGUCUGUGCGCUCCCUGAUUCGCGACUUUGAGAAUCCGGCGCGUCCCAUGUACCGUUACGCGCACGUCUUCUUCACCGAGGCGAUACCGCCCCGCAUAUUCGAAAUGCUGCAAUCGCACAAAGACAUUUGUCGACGCUAUGUGCGCACCUGCAAAGAGAUCAAUAUUGCCUUUUUGGCCUAUGAAGCACAGGUCUUCUCGCUGGACUCGCCGGACACGUUCCAAUGUCUCUACUCGCCGGCAUUCGCCUCGAUACGCGGCAAGCACAUCGAGCGCAUUGCCGAGCAGAUCGCAACGCUGUGCGCCACGCUGGGCGAGUACCCGAACGUGCGCUAUCGCAGCGACUGGGAUCGCAACAUCGAUCUGGCUGCCUCGGUGCAGCAGAAGUUGGAUGCCUACAAGGCCGAUGAGCCGACAAUGGGCGAGGGCCCGGAGAAGGCCCGUUCGCAGCUGUUGAUUCUGGAUCGCGGCUUUGAUUGCGUGUCGCCGUUGCUGCACGAGCUAACGCUCCAGGCGAUGGCCUAUGAUCUGUUGCCCAUUGUGAAUGAUGUGUACCGUUAUACGCCCGGUCCCAACCAGCCGGACAAGGAGGUGCUGCUCGACGAGAACGAUGACCUGUGGGUGGAGCUGCGUCACGAGCACAUUGCCGUUGUCUCCACACAGGUCACACAGAACCUCAAGAAGUUUACCGAUUCCAAGCGCAUGAGUUCCGCUGACAAGUCGUCGAUGCGCGAUCUAUCGCAGAUGAUCAAGAAGAUGCCGCAGUAUCAGAAGGAGCUGUCCAAGUAUUCAACCCAUUUGCAUCUGGCCGAGGAUUGCAUGAAAUCGUAUCAGAACUAUGUGGACAAGUUGUGCCGCGUCGAACAGGAUCUGGCCAUGGGCACUGAUGCCGAGGGCGAGAAAAUCAAGGAUCACAUGCGCAACAUUGUGCCCAUUUUGCUAGAUGCGAACGUGUCCAACUACGAUAAGGUGCGCAUCAUUUCGCUCUAUGUGAUGAUCAAGAACGGCAUCUCCGAGGAGAACCUGACCAAGCUGUUUACACACGCACAGCUGUCCACCAAGGAUCAGGACAUGGUGCGCAAUCUCAGCUAUCUGGGCAUCAAUGUCAUUGCCGAUUCACGAAAGAAGAUCUACUCGGUGCCACGCAAGGAGCGCAUCACUGAGAGCACCUAUCAAAUGUCGCGCUGGACGCCAGUCAUCAAGGACAUUAUGGAGGAUUGCAUUGAGGAUAAGCUGGAUCAGCGUCAUUUCCCGUUCCUCGAGGGACGCGCCCAGAAUACCAAUUACCAUGCACCGACUAGCGCACGCUAUGGCCACUGGCACAAGGAUAAGGCACAGACGCAGGUUAAGAAUGUGCCACGCCUCAUCAUCUUCAUAGUGGGCGGCGUGAGCAUGUCGGAAAUGCGUUGCGCCUAUGAGGUGACCAACUCGGUGCGCAACUGGGAGGUGCUAGUCGGCUCCUCGCACGUUCUCUCGCCCGAAAUCUUUCUCAGCGAUCUGGGCAGCCUCUCCAAGGAGGAUUAGAUACAGUGAAGCAUCUAGAAAUUAAAGCAUAUAAAACACAACUCAAACACAACUAUGCUUACUACAUCUAGCCAGCCCUGUAAUUUGUUAUUCGAUAUAUCUAUAUCUAUAUAUAUACAUAUGCAUAUAUAUAUAUAUAUAUAUAUAUGUUUGUUGUCGAGUCUUUAGUUUCUAAAAAUUGUGUAGGAAGAUGCAUAUGGAGCAUCUGUUCAUUGAUCACCCUACAGUAGACAUACAUUAUGUGCACCUCUUAACUAACUAACCCACAAAACGAAAGAACAAUACAACAAAAUUAUAUACUAUAUACGAUAUAUACAUCUAUAUUAAUGUGCAGUCCAAUAUGUAAUGGAAAAGCGUUAACUUACUUCUAUGUAUAACACCCUAUUAUCGCACUAUAUACCCAUAAUUGUAUAAUGGAUAAUAUGUGAAUUCGUAACCUAUGAAAUUAUACAUCCACAUAUAUUUAUAUAUUUUUCAACAAUGUAUUUAUGUGUGUACACAAUGUUUACUAAUUAUUUAUGAUAGUUCAAUGAUUAUAAACAAAUUUAAAAAUCAAUUAUGUACCCUGACAACGUUAACACUUGAAUGGAAAGUUAAAGCGAAAACUGUUUGUUGUUUAUGUACAUCACAAUUUGACGAAUUAGUAAAAUGUAGUUAUGCUAAAAUUGUAAUUCAGUUACAUACAUAUAAAUCCAAACACAUGUUAUAUACGUAUAUUAACUCUGCGAGCAGAUUCUUACAAAAAAUCCCACUUUUAAAACCCACAUAACAGAAAAAUGUUAAGCAUAUGUUAAAUGAGUUUUUAGCGGCAAACGUUUAUCGAUUUAUCGAAAUGUAAUUAUAAUUACUCAACUUUUAAUUCGAACUAGCACCGUAAUAUAAAACAAACACACACAGCGACUCAUCCACACACACACACAUAAAUAAACUUGGCUCAGAUACAACGCAAAGCGCGCCGCCGUGGUGAAACUUGUGAUUCAAAUUUUGUAGCGUAACGCCCAUAAAGAAGAGAAACGAGAAAAAGAAUAACCAAAAAUGAAGAACUAACAUUGAAAAGCAAUAUUUAAAACUUGCAGUUACAGAAUAAAUAUAUAUAUAUAUAUAUAUAGUCUUUCAAUUGAAACAAAUUUUGUGCGCCUUCCACAACUCGAACUACGUGUAUUCCAAGUCAAAUGCAAAAAAAAAACAAAAAAACAAAAACUUAAACUUAACAUUUUUGAAGAAAUACUUUUUUGAAAUACUUGCAAAAAGCUUUAAAUAACAUGUUAUACAUAUAAAAAUAGCUAUAACGAAGGCAAUGUUAAACGAUAACUAUUUAUACAAUACAUAUACAAGACAUUAUAUUGAUACUUACCAAUUACCAUAUGCAUACAUAUUUAUGUAUGUAUAUGCUUACUUAUACCAAUCCAAUACUUAAUCCUGCGAAUGCGAACGCAUUCUUAUUGGCAAAGUAGCGACAAAUUGCAUUUACUCCAGUUCCAGUUCCAGUUCCAGUUCCAAUACAACCAUACCGCAAUGCUACAAUAUUCAUUCGAUCCAAUAACCGUAGUAUCUGUACGUACAUACACACGCACGCACACACAUGCAUGCGUUUGUGUGUGUGUGUGUGUGUGUGUGAAUGCAAUUUCAAACCAAAUGCAUUUUUAUCAUAUUUUUCUUUAAUGGUUUUGUAUAAUUAACAAAUAUUUAUUAUUCUAUAAUAUCGUUUGAAAGUAUUAUAUGUUUCUCUCUUUCUCUCUCUCUUUUCAUUUCACCUAUUAAUAGUUAACAUUUGUUAUUAUGUAAUAAAAUCAAAAACUUGAUUUAUUUUUUA